GUAAUCGAUUUAAUUGGUUGAUUUGAAAAAAACAAUGGAAAACCGAAUUUGUUUAGAUUAUUAUCAAGGUGGAUGUAACUAUAGCGGUUAUCAUUGUAGUUUUCAUCGUUCUGUUGUAUGCUGUGAUCGUACAGUUUUCUGUAUAAAAUGUCCAUCAUUAGCAACCGCAAUAACACUUUGUACAACCAAUACAAUGGAAACUAUCGAUGUUAAUCUUAUUGAAAAAUCAUUGGCUAAAUUGUAUAUAACACCACAAACUAGAAUUUGGGAUUUAGUUCCGGGAAUCGAUGUACUUUACGAUGAAAUCCUAACGGUUUAUGUUCCAACAAUUUUCAAUCAAGAAAUUAAUAUUUUUAAACUUUCAAUUUUUGAAAUAACUUCAAAAUUUUUCACUGUCGUUUGGUCGUAUCCUGAAUAUCGUAGAAUCAUUGAUUUCACUGAUUUCGAUAUUCGUAUUAAAAUAUUUCUCGAUAAUCUAAUAAUAUUUGCUAUUUUAAUGCGAAAUGAAUUGAAAAAACCAAAAGAUCAACGUAACAUGUAUGCAAUGACUAUAAUGUUGGCACUUGAAAUGGAAUGUUCAGCACGAGCAUCUGUAAUAACAACAUGUUGCAAUCAAACAUUCAUAACGGAAACUAUCGAUGCUGUUCGUCUUGAAAAAUCAUUGGCUAAUUUGAACAUAACACGUCGGACUAGAAUUCUUGAUCUUGUUCCUGGAAUUGAUUCUUUUUACGUUGAAAUCAUGACCAUAUAUGUUCCAACUCUUUUCAAUCAAGAAAUCAACGUUUUUAAACUUACAGUUGCUGAUAUAGCUGCAAAAUAUUUCACGGUACUUUGGGCUUAUCCUGGUUAUCGAAAAAUCAUUGAUUUUACUGAUUUCGAUAAACGCAUUAAAAUAUUCAUUGAUAAUCUUACAUCAUUUGUCAUUUCAUUGAGAGAAGAAUCAAAAAAGCCAAAAGAAAAACGAAUCGUGUUUGCAAUGACCAUAAUGUUGGCUCUUGAAACUGAAAGCUCAUCGCCUGAAUCCGCAAUAGAAGAACCAGAACCCGAAAUGAAAACAACCAUCAUGGAUACAAUCGAUGUUGCUCGUAUUGAAAAAUCAUUGGCUAAUUUGAACAUAACACGUUUGACUAGAAUUAAUGAUCUUGUUCCUGGAAUCGAUACACAUUUGGACGAAAUCAUGACUAUCUAUGUUCCAUCUUUUUUCAAACAAGAAUUUAACAUUUUCAAACUUUCAGUUUAUGAAAUAACUACAAAAUUUUUCACAAUUCUUUGGUCGUAUCCUGAAUAUCGGCAAAUCAUUGAUUUCACUGAUUUUGAUAAACGAAUUAAGAUAUUUAUUGAUAAUCUUAAAAUGUUUGUCAUUUCAAUCAGAGAAGAAUUGAAAAAACCACAAGACAAACGAACAAUGCAUGCAGUAACCAUAAUGUUGGCACUUGAAACUGAAGACACAUUACUAUCAACAGCAAUAAAAGCAUUCAACAAUAUAAUAUCAUGAAAUUCUUUUCGUUUCUUUCAAUUAAAACAGGACAACAAAAUGAUUCGCAUUGAAACACAAAU